AUGUCGCAGCACGCGCAGGUCAAGCGCAAGCGCACCCGAACCCUCGACGCCGCGCCACAAGCCAUGGGCGUCGCCUCAGGAGUCUCCCCGGGCAUGCCCCAGGGCAUGUUCCUGGACAACGACGCAGACCCGGUCAUCGGCGAGAUGCUCGCGCGCCAGUCCGCCCUUCUCCAGGGCAACCUCAUCGACACGCACUUCUCCGACGAGCCCGCGCCGCGCGCCCUCCCGCAGUCGACACUCGGCUUCCACAGCUUCACGGAUGCGCGCGACGACACGGAGCAGGACGACGACCUCAUCUUCGUCAAGGAGCAGCCCGUCGGCGGCCCCUCCUCGUCGUCCGCCGUCGCGCUGGACCAGCCUCAAUUCGACCACCACUACACGGCCAAGAAGUUCAAGAAGCAGCGCACUAUCUCGCUGCCCCAGCUGCCCUACGCCAAGCUGCUCUACGAGGCCCGCGGCACCGUCCCACACCGCCAGAACGACGAUGACCUGCUCCACCUCAGCGGCAGCUCCACCAAGACCAUCGACGGCAACCGCGCCGUGACCCUGAACGUCGUUCGCAGCGUGUCGCCGCUCACCUCACAGGACCACGCCCCGGUCCUCAAGCGUAUGGCCGCCGCCCCCAAGAUCUCGAAGCUCGUGCCCAGCCGCAAGAAGAAAAAGAAGUUUUUCCAGACCGACAAGGAGGGUCACUACGUGUUCCAGCAGAACGACGUUUUUUGCAAUAACCGGUUUAUUGUGAAGGAACUCUUGGGCCAGGGUACAUUCGGCAAGGUCGUCCAGUGCGUCGACACCGCACCGCCGGUCUCCCCGCACGUCUCGGACUUCCAGCCCUUCGAGGAUCCCUUCGCAGAGUCUUUUGAGGACUCACACUUCGACCUCGACUACGGGCACUCCCAAUCGAACGACUCUCAGCCCCGCCUUGUCGCGGUAAAGAUCAUCCGCGCGGUUGACCGCUACCGGGAGGCCGCCAAGACAGAGCUCCGGGUUUUGAAGGCGAUAAUUGAGAACGACUCAACGGGUCAGUACCAGUGCCUCCUGCUUCGCGAGUGCUUCGACUACAAGAACCACAUCUGUCUGGUAACCGAUCUGUUCGGAAAGUCCGUUUACGACUUUAUGUGCAACAACGGGUGCCCGCGGUUCCCUGGAUCACACGUCCAGGCCAUAUCCAAACAGCUUAUAAGGUCCGUGUGCUUCUUGCACGACUUGGGCAUCAUACACACCGACUUGAAGCCUGAAAACGUACUUUUGUGCGAUGAAUCCUAUGUUGGAAAGCCGCUUUCGCCGCAAACAUACUCUAGCCUCAGCCCUCGCAGGAAGAGCGCAUGCGGAGGAGAGCGCAGGUUUUUGACUAACCCUGAGGUGAAGCUCAUCGAUUUUGGCAGCGCUGUAUUCCAUAACGAGUUCCAUCCGGCUAUUAUUUCCACUCGGCACUACCGCGCUCCUGAAAUUGUUUUGGGCUUGGGCUGGUCUUUCCCAUGUGAUAUUUGGUCCAUUGGGUGUGUUUUGGUUGAGCUAGUCACAGGUGAGUCGCUUUACCCCAUCCACGAGAACCUGGAGCACAUGGCGAUGAUGCAGCGUUUCAACGGGCGUCCUUUUCCACCCAAGAUCGUUGAGAACAUGUUUUACAAGGCGGACAGAAAGCUGGGAAAUAUGUCGCCGGAUUUGAACUCCACUGUCAUCAAACACUUUGAUAGAGACACUUUGGCAUUACAGUGGCCGGAGAGAAACAAGAAGGGAGAGAUCAUUACCAAAGAGAGGUCUAUGAAACGGAUAUUAACGAGUUGCGAUCGCUUGGACAAAUAUAUUCUUCAAAAGGUACGACAAGAUUACGGGGAUUGGUUAACUAUAAACUGGGACUUGAGUCCAGAAGACAAUUGGGCUCUUCUGGAAUCAAAGUACGAUGAACAGGUUUUGGACAGGGAAGUCUUUUUGUUCUGGUAUUGGUUCUUGGAUCUAUGUAAGAAGAUGUUCGAGUUUGAUCCAACAAAAAGAAUCACCGCCCGGGAGGCAAUCGGGCACGAAUGGUUUAAUUACGGUAUUUUGGAUGAAGGAAUUGCAAGCUUCGGAAAAGUGUAA